AUGCCUCCAAAGAAGAAACGUACCCACAAGGCCAGGAAGGCAGAGCUGGUAUUCCUUGAGAAGCCGCGGGCAGGACCCAUCCAUAGCUAUGAAACUCCGCUGCCUUUGGCCCAGAAUCCCAGACGUGUGCCUACAAAACCUGUAGACCGGAGCACCUCUGCUGCCUGGGUGUGCCCACAAUUUGAAACAACUAAGCCAGUGGUGUUGAAAGCAUGCCAGAAGAAGCACCGUGGUCCUCACAAGCCCCAGAAUCAGGAUGCCAACCACAGUUUGCUUCACGCAGGAGGACCUUGUCGAAGAGCUGCAGCCUGCAAAUUUCCUCCUUUAACUUUCGAGAAUCCAGAAGGACGUGCAGGCCACCCCUUGGAUCAUCCAAAGCACUCAAGGAAGGACACACAGUGUUCUCACAGCCAGCUCAAGAAAGGGACAGCAGCAAAUGCCAAUAUCCAAGUGCAGGGUCCAGAGAACUGUAGAGAACCUGCUCUCCAGCCUGUGGAGCAAGAAGCUUUUAGUCUACCAGAUGCAGAGGCUCCACAGGUGCCUUCCCUAAGGAACUGGAGAUGCAGCAACACUCUGUCACAAAGUGGUGAUACCUGGCAUCCAGAAAAAGAGCUGGCAUUUGGUAUUGAUCCCUGUGGGAGAGGGAAGUCGGCAGCAGUGCUGGUUACAGAUACUCCCGAACACGAGUAUGGAGUAAAGGUCACUUGGAGACGGCGGCCUCACGUCAUGAAGUACCUGCGGGAGCGAGGGAAGCUGAGCGCUGCCGACAUCCUGGUGAAGGCAAACUUCGAGCUCUCGAAGAGACAGGCCAGCGCCUGA